CGUGUGUGUGCGUGUGUGUGUGUGUCUGUCUGUCUGUCUGUCUGUCUUGUCUGUCUGUCUUGUCUUUCUGUCUGCCUGCCUGCCUGCCUGCCUGUCUGUCUGUCUGUCUGUCUGUCUGCGGUCACCUACUGUCAAUGCUGGCUUCUGUGCCCACACUGUCUCUUCGUUUGGGUUGUUGAUUGUGCCUGUUUGUGUCAGUGUCUUGGCCACUGUGGGCCAAUCUACUCCAGUGCAUGGUAAAUUCUUGCAGGAGUUGCUAGGCCUACCUGGCUGGUACCAAGGCUAUAUACCCUUUUCUCAGCAGCCUGGAGGCCAAUCCCUGACCACUAUGGAGCUGCCUCUGAGCCAAGCUACCCUCCGGCACACGCUGCUGCUCUUGCCAGCCCUCUUAAGUUCAGGUCAAGGGGAGCUGGCGCCACAAAUUGAUGGUCAGACCUGGACUGAGAGAGCACUUCGAGAGAAUGAGCGCCAUGCCUUCACCUGUCGGGUGGCAGGUGGAUCUGCCACACCCCAAUUAGCCUGGUACCUGGAUGGACAGCUACAGGAGGCCACCACCUCAAGAUUCCUGAGUGUGGGCGGGGAGGCCUUCUCUGGAGGCACCAGCACUUUCACUGUCACUGCCCAGCGUGCCCAGCAUGAGCUUAAUUGCUCUCUGCAGGACCCAGGAAGUGGCCGGCCAGCCAAUGCCUCUGUCAUUCUCAAUGUGCAAUUUAAGCCAGAGAUUGCCCAGGUCGGGGCCAAGUAUCAGGAAGCUCAGGGCCCAGGCCUUCUGGUUGUCCUGUUUGCCCUGGUGCGGGCCAACCCACCUGCCAAUGUCACCUGGAUUGACCAGGAUGGGCCAGUGACUGUCAAUGCCUCUGAUUUCCUGGUGCUGGAUGCUCAGAACUAUCCCUGGCUCACAAAUCACACAGUGCAGCUGCAGCUCCGCAGCCUGGCUCACAACCUCUCAGUGGUGGCCACCAAUGAUGUGGGUGUCACCAGUGCCUCACUUCCGGUUCCAGGGCUCCUGGCCACCCGAGUAGAAGUGCCACUGCUGGGCAUCGUUGUGGCUGGAGGGCUUGCCUUGGGCACGCUAGUGGGGUUCAGUACCUUGGUGGCCUGUCUGGUCUGCAGGAAAGAGAAGAAAACUAAAGGCCCCUCCCGGCGCCCAUCUCUGAUAUCUAGUGACUCCAAUAACCUGAAACUGAGUAAUGUACGCCUGCCACGGGAGAACAUGUCCCUCCCAUCCAACCUUCAGCUCAAUGACCUCACCCCGGAUCUCAGAGGGAAAGCAACAGAGCGGCCAGUGCCUCAGCAUAGCAGCCAUCCAGAGCUUCUAGAAGCUGAACCUGGUGGCCUUCUCACCAGCCGAGGCUUCAUCCGUCUCCCAAUGUUGGGCUACAUCUACCGAGUGUCCAGUGUCAGCAGUGAUGAGAUCUGGCUCUGAGGGUGAGGCAUAAGGCCCAGGUGGCUUGUGAACUUCCCAGGGCACCCAACCCCAGUGUCUCCUUCAAGCCUUCCUCUGCCUGGUCAUGUUGUGACCAUGAAGAAGAUAUGCCACUGCCACAUGGCCCUCCUGGUAGGGGUAUCCUGUGGGUCAUGCAUGAUGUAUUUCAUGGUCUAGCCUUGGAAAGACCUUUGGUCAAAACUAGGCCCCUUGUACUCAACUCAGUUGGUCCCAGGUAGAUGGAACUCUGGCUGUUGUGUCCAGGUGUCACCCCACAUGUAAGAGAUGGGCCUACUAUAUGCUACACAUGAGUAUUCCCUGCACCUCAUACAGUAGGCAGAGGGAUGCCUAUGUGUGUGUGGGGGGUGGGGGAUAGAAUGGUCCCUGCACAGCUCAGAUGUCCUUCCUAUGCUAUGCAGCUUUGUUCCCUCAGGGAAAACAGCCCCCUGCUAGCUGUAUAGAACCAAACUGCCCUUUGCUCAGGAACCAGCCCCUUGCCCAGGAACAUGGCCAAGCACAAAUUAGUCCUUUUGUUGCAUCUCUCUCUGCACUUUUGUCCCUACCUCCUCUUGGACAUCAAAAGUCAUGCACUAGACAUGACCUCCAUGGCUGAAGCCCCAGGUGCCAGCCUCUGGUGUUAGCACAAGAUGAGCAGGAAGAGGUGAUUCUGGCCCUCAGGAUGCACGUAGCUAUGCAAUGUUUUGUACAAGUGCUCCCACUUUAAGCACAUUCCCUGGAGAAAGGAGGGUCCAGGGCCUUCUUAGUUUGGCCUUCAGUGACCGAGUGCUCUGAGCACUCAGGAUUGAUGGGUUUCCUCACUGCAUGUCUCUCCCCAAACCAGCAACAUCCCCAACUGGUCCCUGGCUGCCCCAUCCUAUUUAGGGGAUGGUCACAGUGGACAUUAAGUCAACAGUGCCAGAUUUGGGGGGACACAGAGAAAGCAGGAACCUAUAUAACCCCAAAGAGCUAAGAAAGCUUUUAAAAAGCAACAUGUAAGUAAUUGGAGAACAGAAUAUAUUUUCCCUUCUUGGUAUCUUGUUUUGUAAUUUUUCUCAUGUUACUGGUUAGUGCUGCACACACAGUAAACUACCUUGACUGAA